GGCAGUAUGUACAGUUGCAUGAGUGCGCGAAGCGACAUCGGAGGAGGGAUCUGCAGCAUUCUGGGUGGCGAGCGGCGAGCGUGGCACACAACCGAGGGACAAGCGCCGAGCCGAGCAUCAGCCACAGGGGGCGCGUGCGCGAUCACGUCGAUGACUGCAAAAUGUUGUCAAUUCCAAUGCGCGUUGCAGCUGCCUGACCUACCCCGGUGACCUCCGCCUUUGUUCCUCCCCCAUAAAAGGGCCCCGGACCAUGCCUCGGCCCUCCUGCCCAUGCUGCAGUCGAGCUCGCGUUAAAUAUCCGUCCGCGCACGCUGCACACACUCCGUUCACCGUCCACUAACCACGGCAUACCCUAGAAUGGCCUCGGAAUCUUGCUCACUCAGUCAAUACCCGCCGGAAUUGUAUUCCGUAAUCUGUGCUCACAUCUACGCCGCUGGCUGCCCCCCUCUGACAUCCUCGCUAGACCCCAUCCUGCAUGCUGAAGGCGAUGUACCGACCACCUUACCGUCCUCGUAUCCCCCCGCGUGCUGGGUCGACUCCGUCUCCAAGCGCACCCUAAAAAAUCUCUGCCUUGUGAGUCACGCAUGGUACGAGGCUACGAAGCCGUGGCUAUGGCGCAAGGUCGAAGUCAGCCUGCCCCGCAGCUGGCUCGCCCUCGUAGACGAGAUCACCUGCGGCGAGGGCGAUGACUCCGAACAGGAGCAGGCCGCGUUCAUUCUGGGGCAGACCAUCCAGGCGGCGGAGACCGCCGCCCUCGCCCAAGAGAGCACAGACAAGAUCGCCGCUCUCGACUUGCAUGAGAAGGUCCUCCGAAAACUCAGCGCUCCGGACGGAUCUAUCCCCCCUGAAUUACUCACUCCUCUCGCAAGCCGCGAGCCGAGCCCGAGGCGUCUGCGACAGAAGAGCAAGAGCCCGCCGCGAUGGAAACUCAUUCGCUCAAUCAGUGAUGUUGUGCGCGACGUCAUGGAGCACGAAAAUCCUGGAAUGUACGUCCCUUCCUUGGAGAUCUCGCACGUCGGCCGAUACGUGCGCCAUCUGGACUUCAAUCAUUUCCGCACGAUUGGCAUGAGGCGCUCCGUAGAGGAAGGCGUCAACAAUCGUUUCGUCACCGGCGAGAGACUGGACUCCGUACUCAAGGAAAUGCCAAGCCUCCUGGCAUUCGGCGCGACCGAAUAUAUGGAUGGGGCGCUCACGUUCCCCGUCCUGAAAGAGCUCCUUCUGCGAGGGUCAGCGUCUCGCGGUCGGGGCAGGCCAUCACGGGGCCGUGACCUAGUCAUCUUUGACCCGAAUGAUGCGGAGGAAGAGGAGCGCGAGCGACGUCGUGAAUGCAAGGAGCUAGAGGCGAUCGACCUUACUGGUUGCAUCAGCGCCGUCUUCGUGAACGCCCUCACUCAAUUUGUCACGGAGCAUCUAAUCGACGACUUGGACGGACAGGCAAGUGACAGCGAUGACGAAGGACCUCGCGAACGCGGCCGUCCCAAAAGUCGCAACACUGUGGAGGAGCCGCUUACUUUCCCCGGGCUGCAGCGGCUUGGUCUACGAGGCGUGAAGUCCAUCCAGCCUCACAUUCUUCAUCCGUUCGUACUAGCAUUCCCCUCCCUCACGCAUCUCGACCUCUCUUGCACUCGCAUCACUCCCGACCUGCUCGCUCUGCUCGGGACAUCUACCACCAUCCACCUGCAGUCCCUGUCGUUGGAGCGAUGCAACUGGCUUACGGGCGAGAGCAUCCGCCAUUUCCUUGUGGGCGCACCUUGCACGAGGGACAUCCGUGAGCUCAGCCUGUACGGCGACCCGACGUGGCCGUCCCCCCUCUCCGCUGAAGACCUAGACGAUAUCCUCGCCAACGCUCCAUGCUUCACUAGCGGCAAUCUAGUCUACCUCGAUCUCUCAAGCGCGCCGUUGACUCGUGCCCACCUACGCGACACCUUCGUUCCCCAGCCGUAUAUGCGUUCGCUCGGCCUGUCUUACAUUCGCUCGCUCGAGCUCGGCGCGGUGGCCGACUUCCUCAAGACGAAGGCGCCCAACGUGGAGGUACUCACCCUUGUGGCGAGCACGCCCGAGCUCGGGUAUGGCGCGCAGCCUGUGCCGGUGCGCCAAGUACCCAUCACGCUGCACGCACAAAUCAUCCGCCCGCUAUGCACGCUGCCCUUCUCGUUCAGCCUGAACCCGAGCAAGAGAAAGGCAGCCGAGCCCCCGACGCGCCUACGAGUCAUCGAGCUCGCCGCGUCGCUGUUGGCCAGUCUGGCCUCGGGCGCGAGCUCAUGGCGAGUCAUGAAGAGCAAGGGCGGUCGGGCGUGGUACGUCGAUGUGGCGAGCGGCUGGGUGGCGGAACUCGGCGGGGAGAGCGAUGUUAGUGUCUUGAAGAGAGACCUUCCGCCCGGGCACCCGUGGCGCCUUGCGCUCGAACGGCUCUCGGAUGCUAACGGCAACGUCAGCAGUGGUAUAGGAUGGCACUCCCGAAAGCUGGAGGUGUUGCACGGCCAUGGACUUCUAGGCCGGGAAGCAGGGCUGUACGGCGCAGUCUCCUUUGCCUACCAGGGAUAAGGACGGUGCCUCUCUGCGAGUUUGCAGUACAACACAGGCGUCCUAGGCGACAAUCAACCAAUUGUCGAGUGACCUUGUUGUAGGACUGAGAAGGCCGCCUUGUUCUUUGAUAGCGCGAGGUACUAUUGUCACCAUGGUGACUCUUGUGUACUCCAGCGUGCAGGACGGGAAGGACUGCCUCUCCGCGUAUCUGUUAUCGCAACGCGUGAGGCCGCGUCUGCAGUACGGUUUAGAGCUAAACUCGGGUAGUGAUAGUACCGCCACCCACCGAUAAAAGCCUUCGUAGUGUACAAUACUUGUAGUGGAUAUGAACACAGGACACAAUGUCAUCGUGAUAUAAGACAGGGCUCAUCCACAACCAUCCAG